AUGACGACGGAACGCAACCAGUCUACUCAAAUGCGCAGUGCAUCUGUGCAAUCCUUACCUAAAGCAACAUCUCCCAAGCAAACCUCAGAACCAUACAGCAUCUUCGACAAACGACAAAAGGCUUUGAUCAUAGCGAUUGCUUCUGUCGCUGCAACCUUCUCCGGCUUCGCUUCAAACAUCUACUUUCCCGCCAUCCCGAACAUAGCGCACGACCUUUCAGUCUCCACCGAGCUCAUCAACCUCACAGUAACGUCCUACUUGAUAUUUCAAGCCUUCGCUCCCAGUCUAUGGGGGCCCAUCUCUGAUGUCAAAGGUCGACGCACCGCCUACCUCGGGACCUUCAUUGUCUUCCUCGGCGCCUGCAUCGGCCUUGCCCUAACUUCUACAUACGCGACGCUCCUCGUGCUGCGAUGCCUGCAAAGCACCGGCAGCGCCAGCACCAUAGCCAUCGGCUCGGGCGUGAUCGGGGAUGUCACUACUCGCGCCGAGCGUGGCGGCUUCAUGGGGUUCUUCCAAGCUGGACUCCUGGUACCGGUUGCCAUCGGACCCGUCAUUGGCGGCCUGCUUGCCGAUUCCUUGGGCUGGAAGUCCGUCUUCUGGUUCCUAGCCAUCUAUGGCGGAUCGUUUGUGCUCUUUCUAAUCCUCCUCUUCCCAGAGACUCUACGCUCUGUCGUAGCGAACGGGAGUCGCCUUCCCAGCGGACGUAACAGCUUUCUCCUGGGCUUCCCCCUGGAGUACUACCAGAAAACCACCAAAACGCCUUAUAGCUCCGAAACCUCGACUCCGGCAGCUCGGCAACGUAUAGACCUGACCACCCCAUUCAGGAUCCUCGUCGAUAAGCGGGCUAUGGCGCUAUUGUUCUUCCUCGCCAUCCACUAUGCUGUCUGGCAGAUGAGCAUCACCGCAAUGGCAACCCUGUUCGCGUCCACCUACAGUCUCUCCGAGCGGAAGAUCGGGCUGACUUUCCUAGCCAACGGAGCGGGCUGUAUAAUCGGCACGAUUCUGACCGGCAAGAUCCUCGACGCCGACUAUCGCCGCGCCCAGGGUAAGACACACGCCACCCCUACCAGUGAGCCCCGGUCAAUUCAAUCUGUGGACCUUGAACAAGAGGCCGCUGCUCGACAGCCGGCAAGCCAACCUGAUUCCUGCGCGGUCGACGAGACCAACUCAGUCCACCACGGGCCUCAGAACCCAAGCCACGAGCAAUCCCAGUCUCAGCAGCAGCUGAAGCGCGCCCGCCUACGUCUGCUGCCCCUCUUCUCCCUCGCGCAGACAAUCUCCAUCAUCAUCUUCGGCUGGACGGUCCACUACGCGGUGCACAUUGCCGUGCCUAUUGCGGCCACGUUCGUGACGGGCUGGACGGCCAUCGCGGCCCAGAGUGCGAUCAUGGUGUAUUUCGUGGAUGUGUUUUCGGAGCCGCAGGCUGAACCCAGCGGCGUGGGGAAAGGGAAGCCGAGCGGCAGUGCGGCGGCGAGCGCGAGUUUGAAUCUGGCGAGGUGUUUGGUCGCCGCGGGGGGCACGAGCGUUGUGGGGCCGAUGAUCAAGGGUUUGGGUGUUGGGUGGGCGUUUGUGGUCUGUGGUGGGGCCCAGAUGGUGGCGCUGGGAGUGGUUUUGGUGUGGCUUUUGUGGAACGGUCGGGAAUGGCGGGCAUGGAGGUGGGAGAAGACGAAAGCGGGAGGUGGCAUUGUAGAUUGA